CAGGCAAAUUUUUCGGAGAAGCAUGACAGUCAAGGCUGCUCAGCUGAAGUAGAGCAGCGCGCAGAGCACUAAGCUUCGACGACGCUGAUCACCACUCGUUUAUUCGCCACACUGUUUGGCGACGUUUUUUAGUGUUCAUAACUCGGUUCUUUUUGAAGGGUAUCCGUACUACCAGCUAACGUCGGAGUCCGGUCAAAGUAGUCAGGAUCGAAAGAGGAAUUUCUUCUCUUCACGAAGCUAUAUCGCAUGGCCACACCAGGAGCGUCGCACCAUCCAGAGAAGGAGGUUCGGCUGGAGGCAGUGUAUUAGCAUUGUCGAAAAACUAAUAAGACCGAGAGUUGCGCGGAUGGCGGCGCCAGGAGCGUCGCACCAUCUGGAAAAGGAGGUUCGGUUGGAGCCGGACGCCGAGGCUGUGGAGGAAAUCCUCGAGGAUGACGUGGCAGACGAGGAGAAGAAACGCGAAACUACGCGGAAGGAGGGGAGAACGGUAGCGGAGGCGGCAAGGGGGACUGGUGGGAGGAGAGGUGGAGAGGACGGGAGAGGGGAGGGGGGAGAAGGGGAAGAACAGGAGGAAGAGGAGGAGUGGGAGAGGGAGGAGCAUCUAACCAUUGGUGACAUCAUGAAUCGAGCUAUUGCGGAGCAAGCAUUCCCAGGAGGAGCGGUGGCCUUCGGCUCAUCCGAGGGCCCCGUGUUCCACGCCUCCUUCGGCACAUACACCUAUGAUUGCAACCGACCUGUAACAUCACACUCUCUCUGGGACCUCGCCUCACUUACCAAGAUAAUGGCCACUGUUCCCGCUGCCAUGUUUCUGUACGAGAAGGGACUGCUCGACCUCGACGCCCCUGUGCAUCGCUACCUCCCAGCAUUUGGCGCCAACGGCAAGCACGUUGUGGCGGUGCGCAUGCUGCUGACACACACGGCUGGGCUGAGGGAGUUCCACCCCUUCUUCGCCCUCCAGCUCUCCACACGGCAGCAGGUGAUUGAUUUCAUAAUGGCCGACCACCUGUGGUACCCCCCUGUAGUCACGACUCGUUACAGCGACCUCUCCAUGAUCGUGCUGGCGCUCGUCAUCGAGCGAAUCACCGGCUGCCAUCUCAGCGCCUUCGUUCACCGGGAGAUAUUCAGCCCGCUUGGCAUGGCGAGCACGGCGUUCCGACCAAUCCCUGCGCAGGAUUCUUCUGAGUGGACCAAUCCUGUGAAGGACUCACCAAUGCCUGGGGAAGCCGUGUGGGAGAGGAACACUCAGGUGGAUCCCCAGGUGGUCCCAACAGAGGUUGACUCGCUGCAUCGCAAGAAGCUGCUGUGGGGGGAAGUGCACGACCCCACGGCAUGGAUCAUGGGGGGCGCGGCGGGCCAUGCUGGGCUGUUCUCUACCAUCCUCGAUGUCACCAAGUUUGCUCGCUGCAUGCUAGCAGGAGGCACUGACCCAGUGACAGGGCACCAGUUAGUUUCGUCAAGCACUCUCCGUCUCUUCACCACGCCACCUCCCCCCACCGACCACAACCCGCGACCCUUUGCCCUCGGUUGGGACGUGGCAAUCAGAAGGGGCAAGGAUGGAUACACAUCGGCAGGUCGAUUCAUGGGCCCGCGCACCUUUGGUCACACGGGCUUUACUGGCACGUCCCUAUGGAUAGACCCUGAUCGAAACACCUUCGUGGCUCUCCUCUCUAAUGCGGUGCACCCCUCUGUGGACACCCCCACUGCCCUCACUGUUCGCGAUGUGCGCCCGCUCGUUGCCAACGCUGCUGUCAUCACACUCGGCCAACUGGGCCUCCCAAGGCGAGCUCUCACUUGGCAGCUGGGCGCACAGGCAGGCGCACAGACAGCCGAAGGGACGUGGACAGCAGCAGCAGCAUCAUCAGGAGCAGCCGAAGUAGCAGCAGCAGCAGCAGCAGGAGAAGGAGGAGAAGGAGGAGCUGGAGCAGCAGGAAGAGGAGCACGAGGGGGAGUUGCUCCGUUGGUGUCACAUACAGCAGCAGAAGUUGUGAGCAGAGGCGAUGGCAGCCGUCGAUGGGAAGGAAGGGCCAGCAGACCCACGGCAGCAAGGGCACCUGUAGAGGUGGCAAGAGUAGCUGGUGCCGACUCAGAAUCCGCCUCGGUCACUACCCAGGGGAGGAGGUCGGAAGGGGCGUUGCCUGGCGGGGGCAGGCUGGCAGUAGGGUCGCCUCUGCCUCAACACGCAAAACGGCCACACAAGACGCAGGCUAACCAACAGCAGGACCAGACAUGCCGGCAGGACCGGCAGUGUGCAUGUGCGCCUCCCCAAGCAUGCCGACCUCCACUGGGUUGCCAAGAAGCACAGGCGUGCGAGCCAGCAGAGCGAUGCCAGCCCAGCUGGGCGUGUGGAGCAGCAGGCGUGUGCAAUUCAGGUGGGGCAUGCGAGGCGGGUGGGGCAUGUGAGGCGGGUGGGGCAUGUGAGGCGGGUGGGGCAUGUGAGGCGGGUGGGGCAUGUGAGGGGGGUGGGGCAUGUGAGGCGGGUGGGGCAUGUGAGGUGGGUGGGACAUGUGAUUCGGGUGGGGCAUGCGAGGCGGGUGGGGCAUGCAAAGCACGCAGCGCAUGUACAGCAGCAACAGACCCACGUGAGCAACCAUGUGGCCCUAAACAGAGGAUGAGGAUGACCCUAGAAUCCGGUCCUUGUGCGAGGGCUGCAAUAGGGUGCGUGCGCUUGGAGAACUCCGUUCCUUCCACACUAGAAACCCCCGUGAGGGGUAAGCAUGUCAGUAGGUGCCGAGUGGUGGAGUGCGGUUCUGGGGACCUCAAACACUUCGGCUGUGCUGGAGAUUAUAGUGGGGAGGGGUUGGCAAAAGAGGGUUCUUGUAAUGAAGGGGGACAGGCGGGGAAGAAUAUGCCACUGCUUCGGUGGUUCAGGAAGUUCAAGAGGGAGCAGCUGGCACAAGGUGGGCUUGUACUACUUAUAGCCACCUUCAUUAUUGUGUUUUGAAUGGUGCUUCUUCUAGUAGUAGCCUUCAUUAUUGUGUUCAAGUACAAUUCAGUUUCUAAUUCAAGGCCU